AUGGGUAACAACACGUCAUCCACGCGGAAAUCAGCAGCCGCAGUGCGCCAUUCAGGCGGCGUCCGCAAGCUGGGCCAAAGUCAGAACGCCCACCAGAUCUUGGAGGAGGAGUUCAGCGACUUGAUUCUCCACGAGGUCAAGAGACAGAAACAAGAACAGAGCGUGGCGCUUUCCACGGGCCACUCGCAUUCUGCCGAUGACCUGGAGCCGUCAAACAAGCACUUCACAAAUGACUUAAUUGAGGACGAGUUCAACGAGUUGAGCGAUGGCAUCUUGGGCACCGACCAGGGAGAAGUUCAGAGAAACAUCUUGCCCACAAACGGAGAGUGCGAUCUGGAUCUGGAAGCUGCGCUGAGUGGCGACAAUGCGUUUCGAGAAAAAGUGAUGAAUAAAAGCCAAAUACAAAGCCAGCGCCAAAACCAGAACAAUUACUAUGUGAGGGUGCCAAGCGAAACUAACAGUAUGGCUUCGGGCUAUGAAAACGAUGGCAGUAGCGACAAUUGCAAUAUGGACGUGGACGCAGAUGCCACACAUGAAAACUCCAUUUCAGGCGACCACAAUGCGUCGGCCAAGGAGAGCUCCUCUGAGAGCCAGAAGAGCCUGCUCAACGACUUGUCCAAGAUAGAUUUCACCAGGGUCGCAGCGCCAGCAGCUGCUAGGCAUCCCUUUCGUCCUCCUCAACACCGGAACACCUCAGGUUCUGCCAGUCCGUUCCGUCGUAAUGACUCAAUGCAGAGUGUGACACUGACCAGAUCUCAAAACAGGUCUCCAGCGCUUCAAGAAACCGACAAUUACGCCGGCGAAUAUGGAGGCGGCUCCGGCACGGCCCCCGCGGGCAAGUCUGUGCCCGUAGAGAUCAAAUGGGUCAACUCGAACCGAGAGAACAUCACUAAAGUCUCCAUCAUCGGGUCCUUCUCCAACUGGCGCGAUGUCAUCAAGCUCAAGCCGCUGGCGGCUCGGCCCAACGAGUUUUCCGCCACUAUUGGCUUGCCCUUGGGCGUGCACAAGUUACUCUACAUCAUCAACAACGAGUACAGAGUGUCGGAGCUGUUGCCCACAGCCACGGAUCAAGAGGGCAUUUUGUUCAACUGGUUUGAAAUUCUUGAUCCCCAGAGGCUCUUUAACAACUCCCAAAAACAGCAGUCUCGCAACGAUGCUCUGACGGCUUUUGAUGCCAAUAUCAUUCAGGUCGCGGGUCAGCACGAUACUUAUGCCAUUCAACAGAAGCUGAACUCUUUUCUCGCCAAAGUGUCUAAAGAGGCCAAGGACACCGCAAAUUUUGAGCAUGUGGAGCACGCACCUGAGGAGCCGGAAAAGUAUGAAUCUUAUAACGAACGUCUAUCGUUUUUGAAUGACGAUCAGGCAUCUCGUGAUCCUCACGAGUACCUGUCAGAGAUCCCCGAGAUGUUUGUCAAUUAUGACUACUUCAAAAACAAGGCUCCUGACUAUGAAUUGCCAGAACCACCGCAGCUUCCAGCCCACCUCAACAACGUGCUCUUGAACAAAAUGCUGUCGAACUUUCAACAGAACCAUGCACAGAAUAUUCCCCAAGUUGGUGCGGAGGUACCUUCCACGUCUACAAUAAGUAGCACAUCAACACCCUCAUCCAAUUCCAAACGCCCUCCGUUGCGUCGUGCGGACAGCUCCUACUACGCGUCCAACUCUGAGGCUCUUCACCUUCUGAUCCCCAACCACGUGAUUUUGAACCAUUUGAUGACCACCUCCAUUCGAAACGACGUACUUACCGUGGCCUGCAUCACCCGGUAUUCAGGAAAGUUUGUCACUCAGAUCAUGCACCUGCCCGCUGACACAGAGCAGUUAUAG